AUGCUCCUGCGGCCGCUGACAGAGGAGGAGACCAAGGUGGUGUUUGAGAAGUUGCACAAGUUUAUCGGCAAGAACAUCAAGGCACUGGUAGACCGCGGCGGCGAGCAGCCCUAUUGCCUGCGCCUGCAGAAGAAUCGCGUCUUCUAUGUGCGCGAGGACAUCAUGCGCCGUGCCACAAACGUGGCCCGGGAGAGGCUUGUGGCGCUGGGCACGUGCAUCGGCAAGUUCACGCACAGCGGCAAGUUCCGAGUGACCAUCGGUGCGCUGGACCUGUUGGCGCAGUAUGCCAAGUACAAGGUUUGGGUGAAGCCGUCUGCCGAGAUGCAGUUCCUGUAUGGCAACCACGUGCUCAAGAACGGGCUGGGGCGCAUCACCGAGAACACGCCAGCCUACACCGGCGUGGUGGUCUACAGCAUGUCGGACGUGCCGCUGGGCUUUGGUGUGACGGCCAAGUCGACCUCAGAGUGCCGCGCCGCCGACCCCAACGGAAUCGUUGUGUUUUGCCAGGCAGAUUGUGGCGAGUUUUUGCGGUCGGAAAGCUUAUUGUAA